AUGUCUAAUUUGACGUCGUCCACCCCUCCUUUGACUCUGUCGCACAGUCUCCCCGUGCCGCCGUUUGCGAGCAGACUGAGCGAGCAGUUGUCCCAGAGCAAGGAGCAGAGUGAAUCCAGCAACGACACUGAUUCUGCACGAGACAGGGCGAGUCGCCUCGGAACGCCACUGCGUCCUUCCCAUAAGUCUCGUUCGCUGUCCGACGCGCCAAAACCCGUCUCCGCCUCGCCGUCUGUCUCGGGAGACACGCGCCCCUCCAGCAAAGAUGACAACUCCAUUACCUCCACUCCCGAGACCCCACGGCGGUCGUCCAUGCACUACUCGAAUCUGUCUUUGGACCUACCUUCGAAGCUAGCAGGGUCCUCAUCCGUACCAAAUCGCGCCCCGCUCUCCCCCAAGCUCGACCCGUCGCACAUCUACGGCUCCCCGGGCUCGGUACUCCCUCGACGCUCACGAGGACUCGACUUUUCACGAGCAUGCACGAAUCUACACCACUCGAUCAUUGCGGAGUCUUCUCCUGAUUCGUCGCCAACGGUCGGCGGCCGAGGUGUCACGAUCCCGCAACGGCGUGGCUCGCCAGGGUCAACCUCUAUGGGUCCAUUUUCGACAUCGGGCCCGGCCGACCGAACCGCGAUCUCAAGUUCUGUGUCCAGCGUGAACAUGAUGGAGUCAGAUACAAGCAGUAGCGAGGAGGAUGAUGAACCGAUGAUAGGCGAUCGGGAUGAUAUCAUGAUAGCCAGCACCCCCCAGGCGAACAAGAUGGUCGGCGGGCCAAGCCCGUUUGCUGCGGGAAACGUCCCUAGUCCGGGAAAUGAUUGGAUGGGUGGGUAUUCACAGGCAGCAGCUAGCCUGCUGAGCUUUCAGCGGGCUCGAUUUCGCAAAGGGCGUAGCAGACACAGCUCCAGCAGUGCCAGUGGAAAUAGCUCGAAGCAGAGUCCGGGUCCUCUCUCUCCGCCGGUGAUGAAAAGCAUUGAGAAUCCUAACGGUGGUUAUUUCGGAUCGAAACAAGGCCUCGGGUCCCGUCGCGAGAGUCUCAGCCUUGGGACUCGCGAUUUGCGCUUGUCCGAUCUGAGUGAUGAGGGGGAGAGUCGCCACGGGCACAGCUCGGCUGGUGGUUCCGCUUCAGACAGCGGGCCUUUGGGUGUGAUUCGGCGUGCUGUGACUCGACGUGGAAGCUUACUCCCUAAAACAAAGACAUUUGCGCGCAUCCGAGCUGCCCUUAUGGAGGAGUCUGCUCCUAUUGACAGCGAAGCAAAGCGUGAGGCGGAGGUCAUACGGCAGGUCCGUGAGAGCGAACCUGAUGUUCCGCAUACGUCCCCAAGCCUGGACGCCUUGUCGUCCCUCACCCCUUCCGUGCCAGGGGUGAGCGCGGAAGAGGGAUCUACGAAGCCUGGUCCAUUUACCCUGGAUGAGCCCAAGUUCAGUGAUGAAGCUCAUCGUAACUCUGCGGGGGCAGAGUUCUGGAAUACGUUUGAUGAGCGCUACCGCACACCACCGCCCUCUAUGCGUUCAUUGGGGCCGUCAGCCAUGUCUGAGGAUGAUAUUGCCAUGGAUAUCACGCCGUCGACAACUUUAGGGUCUAGCACAGCCGAAUUCGCUAAACCGUACGAUCGACCGGGAUCGACAAGCUCAACGCCACACGCAAAUUUUCCUGCCAUGAGCGAGAUCAAUCGGAAACGACGCCGGGACGAUGACUUUGAUCCCAAUCUUUUCAAACGGAGAGCCGUGUCUCCGAGCAUGAGUGUCCAGAGUAGUCCUGUUAUGCCGAAUUCGCCCGCGGUCAAGGAUACAGGUCACAACAUCUGGGGUCCCCCUCCCAAGUCUAAUUUAGGCUCGCUAUUCCCAGAUCGACCGAACGGAGAGCAUCCUACGAGAAAUACGGCCAAUACCUCGCACUCUGGGCCUCUAAAGCGCGUUGGUCUACAGGGUAUGACUGAAGCCAGUGAUGGUUUCAUGAAUAUGAGCAUUGAAUAA